GUAUGAACACAUUCGCUUCACUUCGAACUAUUCUAAUCAGUACUAAGUGAAAAAAUGUGUACAAUUCUAAUUUAGUUUGCUGAAAUUUCCAGAAUGGCAGCUAAGGCACUUACUAUUAAAGAAGCUUUAAAGAAAUGGGAAGAAAAACAUGAAAUGAAUCCUGCCGAUGCAACGGAAGUUCUGCUUUGCUUUCAAUGGCCACCAAUUGAAAAAAUGGACAACUCCCUCGCUGUGUUAACGAACUGCGAGAAAUUGUCCCUUUCAACAAAUAUGAUUGAGAAGAUAUCCGGCAUAAGCACAUUGAAGAACCUAAAAGUAUUAUCUGUUGGGAGAAAUUACAUCAAAUCGUUUGCUGGUCUGGAAAGUCUCGGAGACACUUUAGAAGAACUCUGGAUUUCCUACAACUUAAUCGAGAAAAUUAAAACAGUUAAUUUCUUUAAAAAGUUGAGAGUUCUCUACAUGUCCAACAACAUCGUUCGAGAUUGGUCAGAAUUCAUGAAAUUUCAAGAAAUUCCUAAUCUGGAGGAGCUGUUAUUUGUUGGCAAUCCAUUGUACGAUUCUAUGGAGGAAGCAGCGUGGCGAACAGAAGCAAUAAAAAAACUACCAAAUUUAAAGAAAUUGGACGGGGAGCCAGUUAUUCGUGACGACUCAGCUCCCGAACAGUAAAUCAAUAGCUAUGACACAAGGCGAUUCCAGGAAGUAUUUCUGGGACGAAAGAGGGACACUUUCUGUUGAGAACACCCACUCUAAAUAUUUAUGAAAUAAUAAAACACAUUUAAAAAUGUAAUUAAAAAAAACCUUCAAAUUGGAAAUACUCCUUUGGACGUGAUGCAAUACAUUUAUGGUAAUUAUUU